CCAGACCAGACCUUCAGAGACACGGUCACACUCCUCGGGCCUUCUCUGGCAGAGUGGCUCCGGGUUCUUCCCCUGGGCUUCCUAGGUGCUGACAGUGGACGCUCGGAACCAUGGUGAAAGCCCCCACAGCCCGGACAUGAGCUAUGAGGUCAUGAGCCUGGACCUGCAGAGCCUCUUGCCCCAGCUGGGCCUGGUGCCCUGCGUCAUCGUUGGCCACAGCAUGGGGGGAAAGACAGCGAUGCUGCUGGCACUACAGAGGCCAGAGCUGGUGGAACGUCUGAUCGCCGUGGACAUCAGCCCGGUGACGACCACAGCCGUCUCAAACUUCGCCACCUACAUGGCGGCCAUGAGCGCUGUAGACAUCCCAGAUGAGGUGCCCCGCUCCCAUGCCCGAAAACUGGCCGACGAGCAGCUCAGCUCUGUUGUCCAGGAUAUGGCCGUGCGGCAGUUCCUGCUUACCAACCUGGUGGAGGUCGAUGGGCGCUUCGUGUGGAGGGUGAAUUUGGAUGCUUUGGCCCAGAACCUGGACAAGAUCUUGUCCUUCCCACCACGACAGGGGUCCUACCCCAGGCCAACUCUCUUCCUCCUUGGUGGAAAAUCGCAAUUCGUGCAUCCUAGCCACCACCCUGAGAUUAUGCGGCUCUUCCCUGGGGCCCAGAUGCAGACCGUGCCCAAUGCUGGCCACUGGGUCCACGCUGAAUGCCCGCAGGACUUCAUGGCUGCCAUCCGAGGCUUCCUGGUCUAAGAGUCACCGUCUAGAGGGGCCACAAGACCCCAGGCGACAAGUCCUGACACCCCACUCCACGUCGCGGCACAGAAGGACUCAGGCGGGCACUGAAAGGGCACGAGGGUGCAGGGGUGGACAGACCUCAAGCUUUAAUGAAUAAAGACACUGCUCCCCGA